AUGACCGUCCCACACCCAACCAAGAACCAGUCUCCCUCCGCUCUCCAAACCUUCCUAACCAACCAUCCCCCACCAAAAUCUUCCCAACACCCCACCGACCUCCACCACCUCGCGCUCCAGAUAGCCCACAACCUGCACUACCAACACCUCUGGACAUCCGUUCGAAUCCACCGCUCCGCAACCCAUCCGCGCCCUCUGCUCUCCGGCGUCCCGCCCUCGCGCCUCUACAUCCACCCGGACGAGCAGAUCCAACUGCUCCAGCAGCAAAAAGACCACGGAAAGACGGGCAUGCCGCAGUUGGAAGCGCAGCGGGAAUGGGUGCUUCCGAGUCAUUUGCGGGAGAAGUGGAGUCUGAGGAGGUUGGGGGAGGUGUUUGAUUCGAUUGGGCACGCGCCGAGGGACGGGGAGGGGGACGAGGUGUUGGAGGGCGAGGGAAAGGGAAAGGGAGGGAGCGGGGAGCUGAGCAGGUGGAGGUUGGAGAUGCCGAAGAGGCUGUUGCUCGCGACUUUGGAUGAUGAUAGUACGGUGGUGUACUAUAUUGUCCAUGAUGGGAUUGUGAAGCCCAGACAGAAUUGA